ACUUGAUUCAUCUCGUUAUGUAAAACACAAUGAUUUGCUUUACUAUAAGUAUAAUUCUGUGGGUAAAGAUGCAAAAUUACUUUGUUAUAUACCAAAAGGACAUCGUCUUAGUUUAUUACGUAUAUUUCACGAUGAACAUCAGCAUAUCGGUGUUGAUAAAACUGUCGAUUUAAUCUUAAAACAUUUUUGGUUCCCAGGGUUGAGAUCUUUUGUUCAAAAGUAUAUUAGACAUUGUAUUGUAUGUUUAUCUUACAAAAAAUGUGCUAGACAACCCUUACAGCCAAUCGAAUCGUGGAGUAAGCCCAAUGUACCGUUUGAAACAUUGCAUAGUGACGUUUUAGGGCCAUUGCCAGUUUCGAAUGGCUAUAAGUUUGUUAUUAUUAUUAUAGAUGCGUUUACAAAAUAUUGCCUUUUGUACCCAAUUGCUAAACAAGAUUGUAUUGAACUUAAAAGAGUUUUUCAAAAUGCCAUGUCAUUAUUUGGAUCACCUAAAUUAAUUGUAGCUGAUAGAGGCAGAAUGUAUGAACAUACUGUAUUUGUUCAAUGGGUCUCAGAAAUGGGUAGUGAUUUGUAUUUGAUUACACCUGAAAUGCACCAAAGUAAUGGACAAGUAGAACGCUAUUGUAGAACCAUUUUGAAUAUGAUUAGAAUAGAAAGUAAUUUUAAACAAGAAAAAUGGUCCGAUGUUUUAUGGAAAUUACAACUUACAUUAAAUAUUUCAAUACAAAAAUCAACUAAAUGCUCUCCUUUAAAUCUGUUAAUAGGUACCGAGGCCACAACACCAGUGCUACGUUCCAUUGUGCGAGACAUAGCGCUUGAAGGGACAAGCCCUAAUCGUGAGUCGUUGCGUGAAUUGGCCCGACAACAAGCCAGUGAAUCUCUGGAAAGUAAUAGAAUCCUCCAGGAUUACCGCACAAACAAGACUCGAGUUGCGCCUCGUACGUUUAAGAUCGGUGACACUGUAUUUGUGUUGAAGACCUGUCAAUCGACAGGCAAACUGGAUGGUGGCAUGCGGGGUCCAUAUAAAGUGGAAAAAGUUUUACCUCAUGGGAGGUAUGAGUUGAAAUUGCUAGCCGGCUCGUAUGGUAAAACCACGCAAGCUGCAGCUGAAUACAUGAUUAUGUGGCAUGGAGAAUGGACCCCUGAUACUUGUACAUCAUUCUUCGAAACUGAGAAUGAGGAGUUCGUAGAUCAAAUGCCAGAUCCACCAAACGAUGUGCCAUAUCAAACGGGCGAGGGCGCGCCGUCGUCAGGAUAGGCCGUGUUAGCGACAAAAAUAUCACCGGUGUUGUGGUCACGUGUCCUACUGUUAUAAAGCUAUAAAA